UGGAAUCUGUUUCCGGAAACAUGGAGGCUGUUGUGAGUGAUGUUGUAGCUCCAGAAGACCUUUUAAAAUUUGAGAAGAAAUACAACAAUGAGCUUGUGAAGGGAGCCGUCUCCAAAGAAACAAAGUUUGAGUAUGCUUGGUGUCUGAUCAGGAGUAAAUACUCAGAGGACAUCAAGAAGGGAAUUGUGCUCUUGGAGGAACUUGUUCAGAAAGCAGCAAAGGACGAUUCCCGGGACUUCCUGUUCUACCUUGCAGUGGCCAACUACAGACUCAAGGAAUAUGAGAAAGCCCUGAAGUACAUCCGAACUCUUCUGAGGAACGAACCGGGGAACAAGCAGGCUCAUGACCUGGAGAAACUCAUCGACAAAGCCCUAAAGAAAGACGGCUUGGUCGGCAUGGCAAUCGUCGGGGGAAUCGGCGUUAGCUUGGUCGGUUUGGCAGGACUCAUCGGCUUGGCUGUGACAAAGGGAGCUUCUAAAUCCUAACGUGGACAUGAGUGGACGUGUCUUCAUAAUGCUGGACUCACACACUGACCCUUCUCCUGAAUAAAACAUUAAAACAUUGUGGCGAGCGCUUGAAAGAUGUAACAGUUUGGUUUGAAGUUGUACUGCAACACAUUAAAGGAUUUGGGUAAUGCCGAUGGAUAACAAUAUUAUAACAGGGUUCAGAUUCACCACAUAUGACAUUACUUAGCUGUUAAUUCACACACCAUAGCAUGGCACCUUCUCAUUAUUUGUGUAAAUAAAUUAGGAUAGUCAAGGUGCAGCUAAAGUUUAUAUAAUUUCUGAUUAAGUUUGCACCUCAGCCUAAACUAAGUUCAUAUUUUGUAUAAAGAUCUUCAAAGAAGUGCAGUUGUGUUUCUGUAACUGUCUGCUUGUUGUUUCUGACAUGAAGAAAUGUUAAGGAAAGUGUUGUUAGUGCAGUAGGAAGUGCAGCUUGUGAUGCCAAAAGCGACAGUGUGAUUUUUGUGCUGGUGAGGUAGCGGUGACUCGGCCAUAAUGUUGGUUGAAGCCUGUAAUUCCAGCUGCUGCUCUGGAGGCAAUGAGGAGACGUUUGCAAUUAUUUUGGAGACGAGGUCUCUUUCCAUUUGUUCUAAAUACUAUACAUUAAGGGAAACAAUGCACUUAUUGGAAAUGAAUACCUUUAAUUAAUACCUUUUUGUCAUUUAAAUGCAUUUACCUGUACUACAUUUAAUGGGUUUUCCAUCUUGUUAAAUAAAAUGAUUUUGAACUGAGA